AUGGGUCACUCAAACUCAACACUUCAAUUUCAUGAACUCUCAGCUGCCGGAAUUGAAAAGGGAAUUCCGCCCAUCAUCCGCGUCAGUUAUGAAUCAGGCUGGAGUAAAUUCUUCCGUUAUGACUUCGAACUCUUUCUCGAUGGCCCCAACGAUGAGCCUAUGUACACACUCGACUUCGAAAAGGGCAUACGCGGCGAUAUCGUCCUCUAUAGCGGACCAUCCCUCGACUCUUCAAAACUGGCUGUUUCUGGUAGAGGGUCAUAUUUUGACAAAGAAUAUUUGAUCCGCUUGCCUCCAAUUUCCGGCAUUGCUCCUCAAGACCAGUUCCUCUAUUGGGACUCAGAACUGAGGACAUGUUUCUGGUUUGACAUCCAAGUCGGCCAUGGCCCAGACCAGCGCAUAGAGGGUUUCGAAUGGCGACACUCUCGGGGCCCUGAAGUCGAGAGCGUUGGUCAAUCAUGCAGGGGCGGACUCAAGCUCGUCCGUCUUGGCAGCACUAAGGGGCAGGGCUACGGCUACUCCAGCGACGGCAAGGAGGUUGUUGCUGUUUGGGCGAACGCAAGGAGUUUCUCGAGCUUUUUAGCUGUUGGAGAGUUACAGUUCCUAGGAAGCGGUGCUACAGGCGAGUUGGGUCAGUUGUGGGCGCUGAUGGCUGUCAUGAGCUGCAUGUCCAUCUGGCAGAAGGAGGCGAGAGAUCGUGCUCGUUCAUCGCACGCAGGAGCUGUAGCAGCACCACCAGCACCAGGAUGUUGA